AUGAAGAAGUGUUGUGAGCGAGAGGGGGCAGGCAGGCAGGCAGCAGAGGCUGGGGGGAGCUCUCUCUGCUACGCCCCACAAGAGAUCCGUCUGGAGAAUGCUGAGGUGACAGCUGUUGUAUUCAGUGACGUUGAAUAGAGUUAAAAUCUGGACUGUGGAUCACUGCAAUGUUCCUGAAAAAGCAUGUUGAAGUGUGGAGGUGUGGAAUUAGACACUGUAAGAGUAGGACAGCUCAGAAUGACAUGCAGCCCCUUUUUAAAGGUGUACAAAUUUACCUGGGGAUUAUUUUGUAAUCUGAGCUCUUGUGCGGCUGUGUGGUAUUCUAAUUCUCUGGGAGUUGUGUGGAUUUGUGCAGGCUGAAGUUAGAUGGGAUUUUGGGGCUAGGCUGAGGCUCUCUUCUGGUUUACCGGGUGAUGUUUUAGAACCGCCUCGCCAGCACAGGAUGGGCUACGCUGGACGGAACUUGCAGGUUGCCUUGGAAACAUAAUAGAAACAUGGUCAAUAAUAAAAUAAUGAAAAAUUGUAUUUAUGCAAGUGGGGUCUGGGGAACACUUAAAUGUGCUUUUUACUGGGAGCCAGUUAUCCCUGUUAAAUACCUUCAUUUAUACAUAGGAUCACCGUCUGCUGCUAGUAAUAAUGUCUAACAACAUAAUCCAUACACCAAUCAUUUUGUUGUGAGGAGAGGGGCUUCUUACUUUGGGAAACAGUCAGGAACGCCAGGAUAUUGCUCUUGCCUCAUGACACAGAGGUGUUUUCUACUGAGUUAAAGCUUUGUCACUGACAAUCUCCUCAAUGCUGUAGUUAUUAUCUUAACUGGAAUAAUGAUAGUUAUUGCAAUUAUGAUGCGUGCUUAUAUGGUAUCAUCAGUUUACAGUAAGAAGCACUGCUCAGGCCUCUAAAUCCAACCUUUUGUUAAGUCAGUGAGAAAAUCACAUUGACAAACUCAUAGGUUAUUUUGUAAAAUGGAAUAUUAUAUUCUAGUAUUGAGUUAUAUGUUAUUGCUGUCUUUAGUGAGUGUGUUUCUCUUGGUGCAUCAGUGAUUAGGAUAGCAGAACUCCAAUAGCACAUUAUCAUCGCAAUUUCAGCCUGAUCUAAAUGUGUAAUCACUUUACACACGCUAUAAUGUGUCUCUCGUCGUAUAGCUUUCAUUUCUCUUUGAUUACAUGUGAAUAUGGAAGCACAGGAAAUAUCUAUUUACCAUGAGAACUGAAGGAGAUUGAAAUGUUUGAAGUACUUCACGGAUUGCCAGUCAAAAUAAAGCAUUUAACCAUACCGUGCUGGUAGUGAAAUGUAAAUCUUUGAUUUGAUUCAAAAUGUUCUAUCCAGAAACCAUUUUUAGAGGGUAUUUGUGCUAGUAAAGUUUGAUGGGGCUUUGGGUCUGUGUUUCGGUCCAGGUUACAUAGUUGGUAACUACAGUAUAGGAGUGUAAGUGCUAUAGUAGAUCAUAUGAGGCCAUAAAAGUCAUGUACGUAGUGGCUUGUCAAGUGGUGAGCUCAGAUCAGAUGUGUGUUGACUGCAGGGCUGAAUAUGUGAACAGGAUAUUUCAGUGGAUGUUGUUGUAGCAUUGUCAAUAUAUCAAUAGACUGUCGAGUAGAGACCUGAGAGUGGAAGCAUUUUCAAAAGAACAUUUAAGUACAUUUGCUGAGAAUUAGCUGACUUGUGUAGUAACUGAUAGGCCUUAUUGACUGUGGCCCAGUUUACUGUUGUCAAAUCAAUGCUGUUGCGUGCUAGUCGCACUACUUUUAAACAAACUUAACAGGCCAAGGGGCUGCUCAGCGGGCACUGGAGAGAAAUAAAGAAGAUUGAUGCCCUUUUUAUUAUCAGUUUUUUGCCAUAUUUCCCUCGCUGCGUUACUUACAGAUGGCAUUAUCGGAUAUCCAUUGUUUGGAGUUCAAUGCUUUUAAAUGGGCUGAUAUAUUGAGCUGAGGCUUUUAAGGUCAUUACAGGGGAUUUCUGUAUUUGACUUGGCAGAAAAAUCUAAUGAAUUGCCGGUCUGAAAGUUUUAAAUAUUUAUGAUUUUUUAUUUUGCAAUAGCGAGGAAGUAGAGGUGAAAUGAGCCCUGUAUUGGUAAGUAGCCUAGCAGACUGCAGCUGGGGACAGUAAUGUAUGUGGAGAGAGAGAAAGCGGGAGAGAGAGAGAAGGAGAGAAAGAGAGAGAGGUCUCUCUCUAGAAACACGCUCCUCACACAAUUAUUUUUCCUGUCUGCAUACUGCAAACCGCAUUUGAAAAUGUGUGUAUGUCUCUACCACAUGUGUGCGGUUUUCUGCAGUUUUAUGUCCAUAUUAAAGAGAGGAAGCCAUAAAGAUAUUUGUGUCAUGGUCUUGAAUAAAUUUAGAAUUAUAACUUUGGGGCUUGUAUAAAAAAUUAUGAUGGUUAUCAUUAUUAUUAUUAUUAUUAUUAUUAUUAUUAUAUUUUCAAAUGAACUGUAAUUAUUUUCUAAAUGUGUUCAUAUUAGUGUGGAUACAGCAGAGAAAAUAGAUGAGAGAAAAUAUAAUACAUUUCCUCUAUCUCUGUUUUGAUGAACAAAAAUGAUUUCUCUAAUUUUAUUGUUUUAAUGAAAAUAAAUUGCAAAAUGCACUCAUGGUGAUCAAGCAGCACAGGGCAGAAAGCAAAUCCCACCCUCUUUGUCUGGUAACCUUUUAACUGCGUGUCAGCGAAUGUAAUUGUUGUAAGCUCCUAUAGAAAAAAAACGCUGCUAUCCCUUUAAGUGCUUCCACCAAUUCUGAUGGCGUGUUGAUUUACAUAUCCCAUCCUCUCCUCCCCCUUCAGGAGAGCUGAGCGAGGAUGUGGAGGCUGCCAGUGAGACCACCACAGAACAGGAGGACCAAACCAAAGACAGAGAGAGUGGGGGGGAGAAGGAGCUCACCAAAGGGACAGGUAAGGCCUAUAUUUACACUACACACAUUUAGGCAACACUGCCCUCAGGGAUCAUGUGCUAUUGCACCUGAUUUGUUCUCAACAGAAGGUAUUUUGUCUCAAAUAAUUAUACAGAUUCUACACAAAUAUCAGAGCCCCUUUAAUAAUGCUCUGUUACAAAUCCACAAAUCAGUUUGUAGUGUUUUUUUUUAAGGAGGCCUUUCUGUUUCUUACUGUAGGAGGGAGACAGGUUUCUUAUCAUCAAAUCCUAUCUGAUGAAUUAGGCCAAAUUGUCAAUUGAGCUAAUCUGGUCAGGUGACAUGUGACUCAUGUUUUGUCAGUUGUCAGUGGAUUUUAUGGAGAGGGGCCUGGGCGCAUAAUUCAAGCUCAGCCACGUGUGUGUGCUCAUGUGACAGGCCUGCCUUCCGCCUGCACUGCACUGAUUGUGUGUGACUGAAACACACACCUGUGUUAAAUGUUAUCAGAUAGGGAUAUUUCUCUCCAUGGGCUUUCUAGUGACAGGUGCAGGUGUUGGGUUCCAUGGAGAGGUGGGGCUUGAGCUGAGGGGAGACAUUAGUGUUCGGGCCUAUUCUAACCAUGAUUGUUUGUUGUUGUAGGUUUUAGGUUGAAUCCUAUCUACUUUUAAUGUGAUUAGUUUACAUCAGCGUGCAUUCAAAAUGGUUUAGCUGAUUUCUGCUGCUAGUCGAGGUCAGCAGGUCCAGGCUGAGCGUGUGUGGGUGUAUGAGUGUGAGGAGGAGGUUCACAGACAGGAAGUGUUUGUGACUGCUCCCCACUGCUCGGCCCCCCUGGCCAUAUGUUCACGUCAGAGCAUAGCUAGGGUUUGUAUCAUGCACUGUUGGGGGUCUGGCCUGGAUGUCCAAUCACAGCACUCCUAGACCAGGACUAUUGUAAACUUCCUUGGUAGAUUGGUAGGAUUAUCAUGACUAUUAUUAUAGUCUUAGUCAUAGUAAUAGUUAGAAGUUAUAGUAAUAAUAGUUAGGUAACAAUCUAGUAAUAGCUACAGUAAUAGUCAUUAGUAAUAGCAGUAUACUACAUAGGACUCUAUUUUCGGCCGGCGUUAAGGUGGCGCUAGUGUCAAACGCUCGUUAGUUUGCAAUUUUGUCAUGUAGAAGACGCUGGCAUUUUCCAGCCCUAACGUCAGGUUCGGCAAUUUACCUGUCUUACUGUAUAUCAGCUCGCUUGCGCUCAGAUGGGCAGGGUCAAAAUAUUUGAGGUGUGUCCUUAAAAACAUGAUUCAAAGUGGUAAUUUCAGCCAGCGCUGAUAGGGAUAUUUAAGACCAAUCAAAAGCUGGUUUUAGCGGUAAUGCAGUUGCUUAUGGCAUGAAAUUUCACAGCGGAAACACAGCCUAUCCAGCCGUGACGCACACUGCCCAUGUGCGCAUGGAACAAGAGUAGCCUAAUGUGCUUUUGGUGCCUUUAGAAACAUAACAAAGUUUAGUUUUUUCCUAUUUGGUUUUAUUUGGUUAAAAACCAAGCAUAGCCUCCCCUCCUCUCAAUUAGGCUUUUUUUUGUCCUGCCCAAUGCAUGUGAAGUGUGACAGUUGUCCUAUUUGAACUAGACUGUUGUUGUUUAGCAAAUUUAUUAAAUAUCGUUUGUAGAGCUAAAUAAUGAACUAAAUUUACAUUUUAUCAUGUUUGGGUGGCCAGGCCCAGCAUUAUUUUGCAAUUACAGUAGGCUUUAACCCUCAUAUCCAUGUUGUGAAUUCUAUAACCACGGAAUAUUGGGCCUAAGUGUGGACUGCCAAAAAGUUGGUUUAAGUUAAGAUUUGAAGAAUAGGUUCUCUUUUGUUAGUUUUCAAUAAGAUUUAAUAGCUAUAAUGACAACAUUGGAUUGGUUAUGCUCAGCAAACAUUAAAAGAGCCUAUAUCAUUGAAGCAUUAACCAUGAUUCUAAACAAUGGAGCAAAUGGGUCAAGUUAACGUAUUUGACAAGAAGGUCCUAAUUUGAUAUUUGAAGCCAAAUAACUAUAAUGACACUUGGAAUUAGAUUGACCAUGGCUACAUAACAGACCGUAAUACUUGGGCGGAGUGUGGAGCGUGUUGACACACCUUUUUGAGCAUAUAUUGUGUAAAUAUUCAUUCAAACACUGUUGGCAUGUGGCUUACUACUCCACAUGUAUGAAACAUGCUUUUCCAUUUAGCACACAGUAUACAGGAGUACUGUGGAACAGUAUAAUACAGCAUGGUUCUCUGAACAGUGGGGUCUAGUCUUAUGUUCAGGGUUGAAUCCUAGUUGUCAGCACUGGGUUAAUGGAAGGUCCCUUUUCUACUUUACUUUUAGUUUUUACUGUUAUGAAGUAGAAAAGGGAAUACGUAUUAUCAGUAAUUAGUUUUGAUCUAGCAAUUUGUUUGAUGUUGUCAGGCAAGGAUGAAAGCGAGUAGGGGGAUUUCUUGUAAUCUCCUCCCAUCCAAUAGAUAGAGUUGUGGUAAUGACAGCCAACAUCACCGACUAGCAGGCAGAGAGAGAGGUGGCAUUUGAACUAGACCAGCUCCAUCCCUGUAACUGGGGGAUGGUUAGAGUUCUGAUGUCUUGAUUUACACUAGUGAGGUUAAAAGCUGGAAAACAAUCCAGACCUUUUGCAUACCUCAUUUUUAAAAAGAAAGUUCUGCAAAAAAGUUCAUCACACCGUUUGAAGCCCCAUCUUUGCAAAAAUGUCUUUGAUAUUCAAAAUUGUAUUUUAAAUGAGCCUGAGUUGUUUGUGCUAUUUGAAAGGGCGACACUCCUCUUUGAUGGGAGAAAUAAUGAUAUGCAUGCCUACCUGAAAAAUGGCUAAAAGUAUAUUUUAACACAUCAAAAUAAAAGCACUUUAAAAAGCAUUAAAAUGAGCCAAGCGAUUAAUAAUUCACUCAUACCUGUGGUGCUCAGGAAGAGUCCUCGCAUUAGGAUUCCUGCUUUUUGAAAGGCACGCAAUUUGAUACAACCAUAUUCAAUUCCUUUCCUCCCCUCUGUCAGUCGCUAAUCACCAAAUAAGUGUGUUUCUGUGUUUUCACAAAGGAAAGAUGUGCUUGCAUAUGAAAAAUGUACAGUUUCCCAGCAGCAUAUUAGAACCGCUUAGUUAAAAAUAGCAUGUGCAUUAGGAAACCAGGUCUGGGUUUCUGUUUGAUGUCAGUGAAAAGGUGUGUGGAUAAGGUGGAGGGAUGGAGGGAUGGGGGGGGGCGGCUGUGUUGUCAGCUGAGAAAGGAGACGGGAGCGCUGGGUUUUUAAUGGAAGGGCGCUUUUUCUACUCUAUGUUUGUAUGAUUGAUGGACACUGCGCCUAUACAGAGACCCUCCAUAACCCUGUACGAACAACAGCACAGAGGAACACAGAAUGCAUUUCGUAAACAGAGGCAUGCUUGUUGUGGCUGAUGAUUGUCUCAGGAUGUCUGAAAAGGCCGACAACACACUGAUGCUGUGUGUUAGACUAGGCUGUGAGGGACUGAGCUAACCUGUUAUUUAAAGUAUCUGAAAGUGCUCAGUCUCCCGCUGUCUGAUGUUGUGCCGCUCUCCUAAGGUCCAUCAUUAGAACUAUUGAAGUGUUUCGUCUCAUCCUUGUCAUACAACCAUUGGCACUUGGUGUGGAGACGUUGUUCCCUUUACAAAUGACAGUCACUGUCAGGCAGGCAGCAUUAGCGGAGGCAGAAUAAAGGGAUCUUCCUUUUUAAAGCCACUGUCAAUCUUAUUUUCCCUUUUUAGUGCCACAGCGCUUUAAAAUUCAUUAAAGCCAUUUAGCAAUGCGUAUGUAUUCUGCAUGUCUUCUCCUGCUGAAAGAUUUCUUCAAUAUUCUGUAGAUUUCUUCAAGAUUCCCGCUCACACACCUGAACACACACACCACACUUUGUAAUUAUUUUCCAUGAGAGAGGGGGAGCGAGGGAUGACAUACAACCACAAGUUUAGUUUGUACAUUGAUUUCAGUACUUAUUUAAACAAUAAAGUUCAUGUUGGCAGAAGCUGCGAUUCAGCCACCUUCCCCAAUAAACUAUCCAGGGGUCGUUUCUAAUGCGGCCGAUGAAAUAUUUAUAAAUGGCCUUUCUCCCCUUCUACUCACGCCUUGUUCACCUAGCUGAGGCAGCAUUAGUGAAAUGGAGGGGUUCUGCUCCGGAAGGCAAGGUGAUCUGUACCUAGACCAGAGCAGGACAGUAUUAAUGCAGGAGCUGAAUACAUAGGGAUGGAGGUAGGAGAAAGGUAGAGGAGCAGGGGAGAGGAUGGGGGGGGGGGGGGGAGAGAGGGAUUGUUAAUACACUUAAGGGCUAGGAGGAAUGGCCACAAUAUGAUUUGACAUGCUUAACAUAAAUGUAUGGGAAGGGUUUGUAUUGAGGUGGCCUAUGUGGGGGAAAUGAGAGGGAGUGGAGCAGUGUGUGUGUGGGGAGGGAGGGGUUGCAAUCUUCUGCAAUUGAGGUUUAUGAAUAAUUCCUCUCAUACCCCCUUCCUGACUUUCAAAUUAUGGGAGCUGGAGCGAGGGAGGGGAAAAUGAUAUUACAGCGCGGGGUCAUCCACAUUCUGACACCGGCAGAGCACCCAACCAAAUUGGUCCCAUCUCUUUUCCCUUAAAUAUUUACUUAUACCUAUGAAUCUCUGUGAUUGGAUGAGUGUGGAGGAGCCCAGUGCUGUGAGUGUGUAUAUGGUUGUGUGUGUGCAUGAGUGUGUGUGCGUGCAUGCUUGUUUAUGUAUGUAUGUGUGUGUGCAUGUGUGGGUUUGUAUGUCUAGAUUUGUGUGUGUGUGUCUGUGUGUGUGAGUGAGUGAAGGGAAAUUAGACUAUGGAUGCAUCUCUGUCAGUGCAGUGAACAUUAGCAACCCCUGGAUGCAGAAGAGUGAUACUGCAGGCUGAACAUAUUAUGGUCUGUGCUCUCUAGUCUUGAGUGGUGUAUGGCUCACACUGAAACAUGCACAUAUGGGGAUGUGGUAGCUUUCAACUGUAGUUUUAGUAAUAGUCUCAUGAGUUGUCAGAAAUGCUGUGCUGGCCAGUAGGGUAAGGUUAACAAUGGACAGUACUCAUUAUUUUUUAUAUCUCAUAUUUUCAUAUUUUUUAACAGUUCAGAGGAGGGCCGAAUAUUUUUUUACAUAUUCAUAUCAUGUCCUUUGAGUGCUUGUCAUCCCUCAAAUGAUUAUUCCUUUUGUCUUUGAAGAUUAUAGACCAUAAAUUGUCCUUGUUUGUGAGCCAACUCCCUAAAAGAUCAGUGUUUAUGAGUUGUACUGCUAUAGUGUAAUGGGCCAGCCGUGUUGCUGCUGCUACUGCCUCUGUGCUGGCUGGGUGGGCGGGGAGGAGUGUCCUUUAAAGGUGAACGCCAUGUCAGCCGCUUGCUCAGUGGCCUGAAGAUUAAUAACGCGGACACUAAUUACUAUCUCCUUUUAAUUUCUUCAUUUUAAAUGUGGCUUUGUUGCAGUCAUGCCUGUAGGCCUACAUAAACCACUCUCUUUUUUCCCCAUGCAUUUAAUAAAAGUCAGGGUUAUUCACCAAGGAUACUGAGGAAUGAUGAGCCUCAAUAUAGAGUCGCUUUGGCGUGAGGCUUUGGUUGUAAUUUCCUUUAUUUGAAAUUAAUUGAUGCAUAGUAAUUACCUGAGAAAUAUGAGGUGAAGUGGAAUAUAGCCCUUAGUCGCUCAGGGCUCUAACAUGGCCUGUAGAUUAAAAAAUGACGGGCAGAAAAGGGGAGGGGAAAAAGAGAGAUAAUAUUCAGUUAUUGUUAGCAUAUGCAUUAAAAGUGAAUGACUUGUAGCACUGGGGAGUUGAACCUGCUUCUCCAUAUUAAUGGUUAAAUUGCUGAGGGACUAGAGGCGAGUGAGGAGCAGAGGGACAUGGGGAGAGAGAGCUUCAGUAGUUUGGCCCUGUGAAGUGAGGAGGAGACUGAAUGGAGGGAGUUCCAGUACAAUAGAUGGCUUUGAGUCUGUCCCUGAACGAUCAGGCCGUUGUGGGAAGGGAUUGUGAGAGGGAUGGUUAUGGGUAGAGCGCGGCUGGGCCUGGACCCUGGGCAGAGUGGUAGGUAUCAGGCAGUAGGGCCAUGUGGCCUGGCACCAUCGAAGCCUGAACUGUGGCUUAUGUUUUUACGACCGGAGGCUUCUGGGUUCCGAGACAGGGCUGGGUCUGCAGACAGGAUAGGGCCAGUCGGUAGGAGGGGGAGGAGACUGAGGAGCUGGUGACCACAUGCAUCCUUUUCCCAGGCCUCCUGUGGGACAGUGUCCCACCGAUGGUCAGGCUUCUCUAGCCACCACUAGGCUUACCAUCCCAGACCCAGACACCCGCCACGGGAAAUCAUCUCUUCCCUUUUCCUCUGCUCUCCUUUCCUCUCCUCUCCUCUCCUCUCCGUCCGGUCACCUCCAACUCGUGGAAUAUCCCUUCCCAAGGACGUAGAGGCAGAUCAUAGACACGGUGGCAACUGUAAUUGCAUUCCUCAAAGAUUUCAAUGGCAGAAGACCUGUUGUGUUAAUUCAGCCUGCCUUGUGUCGGUCACUCACUCCAGCUGCCAUCUUUUUGCCCCCUUGAAAGCACAAGAAGGCUGUGAUUGCUCCAGAGACCAGGCUGUGUGCUGACAGCCCCCUCGCUGCAGCCUGAGUAAUGCAGCCCAGCCCAGGGAGGUGAGACAAGGUGCCAAAGUCCAAUUCACUUACGGGACUCGACAGCACAAAAGCCCCUGGUUUACGGAAAAGGCCCAUGAAUUAAUAAUCACCUAAUUGACUCUUAAGGGUUCUUUCCCUCCUGCUAUGCCUUUUGUGCUCUCAGAUGAAAGUCCACUCUGUGCAUCUGUCAGAGAUGGUUUGGGCUGGAUGUGAGGUGGGUGUGUAAUGAGCGGAGAGGAGGAGAGGUCAGGGUCACACACAGGGUCCUCUCAGUCAAAGAGGUCACUGGGGAGGCCCCACAGUGAUCCACAUGUAUGGAUGAAGCCAUAAUGAUGAGCCCCUCUGAUGACAAACUGAUUCACACCCUAUCACAGGAGAGCUACACAGACAGUUCCAGGACAAGGUCACAGAGGGACUCCAUAUAUGAAAGCACAGUUCAGAUUGUCCUCUGAUGGUAAUUUGACAAGGAGAGACAGCGAUAUUUGAAUAUUGAAGAACUUGAUAUCCUUGAUUGUCAUUUUAUGCAGCAUAUUAAACUUCAAAUUGCCUCCCAAGGGCGGGCCAAAUGUAGUGGGACCUUAGAGACUAAUAGAGUUCACCUUACUGUACGUUUUCCCCCCAACUGAACCCAAUGUCUUUAUUUUGAUCUUCAUAGCCAGAAUGUGGCCAUGUGCUGAGCCCAGUGCACAUGAAUUACAGUGUGGGUCCUGGAGGAGGCAGAGGCCCUUCCAUCAGGAGCCAAUGUUCUGCUCCUAGCCCCUGUUAAUGGAUCUGGUCGGCCCCGAUGCUCGGCCAUGUUCUGAUACCAGCCCAUCCAUGCCACGCUCAGACCGCACACGCUGCUAAAAUCCCCUCACCCUCUGUUUUUAUCAGCCUCCUUUUCGUUCCGGUAUGUUCCCAGGCUCGCUCUGUGUUGGGCUCUCUUUUUUCUCUUCGCUUGACAACGAAAACAGGAUACGGUAGCUGGACUUUAGUCACAGGGCUGGUGGCAGGAGUGGGCUUUUGGAUUCUUAGGAGAGAGCGAUUGAUCAGAUUUAUGGACUCCUAACAGGCCGUGACGAGGUAAGGCUGUGCCCUGAGCAAGCCUUCCCACCCCGCUCUCUGACUCUCUCUCUCUCACACACACACACACACACACACACACACACACACACACACACACACACACACACACACACACACACACACACACACACACACAUACACACAGACACACACACACACACACACACUGUACAUGUACACCCACAUACAUUAUACACUGGUAGACCCAGGCAGCUGUUGGCUGUUGUUUGAGGGCUUCUUGUGUAUUGUUUAAUAUAGGUAUUAAGUGUGUUGGCCUGGGGACUCCAUAGCCCAUGCAUUAUGUUGUCCAUUACCCUGGCCUGAUAGAUCAUAUCAGCCUCAUUGAAGACUGUUGUCCAGUAACACUGCCUCUCUCAGAGCAAAGCAGGCUUCAGCUGCUUCCCCUUCUCCAGCUGUUUGCCCUGUACUGAAGGCCUGGCCACAUAUGGGCAUUUAUGGGCCUGUCUUUAUGUGUGAGGAUUUCCACCCUGAUAGUGAGCAGUUAAAGUUGUAGGUCUGAUUUCUAACUAACCGCUUAGCAAGGCAGCAAGGUCCUGGACUGGUAGGAGGACUUACCUCAUAGUCUUUUAACAUGAGGGGGGGGGGGGGGGUGACUAUCACAUAGUAGUCAGUUGGACUACCACCAGAGAGUGAGUGGGCCAGGAAAGAGAAAUAGGGAGAGAGGAGGAGUGAGGAUAGGGGGCAGUGAGUGAAGAGGCAGUGAAGUGAAGUGAAGUGGAGGAGGAAGUGGUAAGGACAGUUCAUGACUGAGAGGUUAAUGUCAGGGAAUGGGGAGGUGCCUUUGUUUAACAUUUCCUUUGUUUAUUGGUUGAUGUGUUUAAUGGGAUUGUGUCUGACUGGACCUAAUAGGGCCUCCCUGGCUGAUCCCAGUGUCUCUGAGAGAUCUAGCAGGCUGCUCUGACCAAAGGCAGGGCAGGGCCCCCACUGGGUAAUCAGCUCAGCUGCCCCCGGCCUGAUUGGAGCUGACAUUUUAAUGUCUGGAGCAGGAGCGUGGUCAGCCCUGCUUAACCUGACCCCCCCCUAACCCCCCCCUCGCCCCCUUCCCAAUGCCCCCUGUUCUCAAUUUGCCCUUCCAGGACUGUACAAAUCAGGCCAAAUUUAACUCUUUAUGGCCUUGUUAAGGGCCGGCAAGACACCUCCUUAAGUUUCACAGUGAAUUCUUUCCGCUGGCGGCGGGGCACUGUGGUGCUCUGGCUCCCCCAUGCCGGCUCCGUGUGGAUUUAGCUCCUUUACGAGCGCCGGCUUAGCUGAGUAUUUUUACUCAGCUGUGAUUCCUUUCUGUUUGCCGCUCCCAUUUUGUUUGGCUUUAUUUCUCUCUCUCUCUCUGUCUACCUCCCUCCCUCCCUCUCUCUCUCUCUCUCUCUCUCUCUCUCUCUCUCUCUCUCCCUCUCUCUCUUUUGGCUUUCUAACAGGGAGUUCUCUCCUCUCUGGUUAGCUGAGCAGAAGCUUCUUGUUGUGGGGCCUGGCUCAGUAGAGACGGAGAGAGACAGGGAGCGGGAGGGAGGGAGAGGCUGGCUGCAUUGUUAAUGCUGCUGCAGGUUGCAUUAAAAGGAUUAGCUGUGUGAUACGUUCAGCCGGCUAGUAGAGCAGAGCAUACUGGAGCCUGCAGUGACAGUAGAGAGGGGGUAUUCCUGCCUGAGAUGGGCAGGUACCUGACAAUUAGCCGCUCUUUACAUUUCAGCCCACUGUGUGCACCAAAGCAUGGCUGUCUUGUACAUCCUGUGGUGCAUAUGGAUGCUAGUCAGUAGGCUAAUUCCCUAUUGAAUCCCCCUAGGGGGUUUUGGAAAAAGGUUUUGUUUCUCCUCAAAAUUCCUUGUCUUUCUAAGAGCUGAAUGUUGUGUUGUGGUUGUGAAGCCUGAUGGCCAUGUUGGUUUGUGAAGGGGGGAACCCACAGUUGGGAUGUGAGGGUCUGGGGUCUGAAUGAGUCUCUCUAUCCACUUUCUCUUUGUCACAGUCCACUUGGCCCGACCCACAACCCACAGGAGGAGGCUUAGCUGGUUACAGAAAUUCCAAUUAAGUCGAGAGUUGCACUGGCACUCACUUGCUGUGUAGGCACAAAGAGCAGGAGGAUUUACCCAAGCGGGGUCAAGCUAUAGGUCAGUGUUUCCACCAGGAUUUCAGAGGAUAUUGGGUCCACAACUUCUAAAGCUCUAACUGCCAAGCCAAAUUGCAGCUCUCCUUCCUCUGACACCAUUCCUAUUUCAUUCCUGGCAGAGGAAUCCAAGGACCUCACCCCUCUUUGGUAGCAAUUUCAACUGAAAUGUAUUUUGAUGAGGAGCAAGCUUAUACGGCCAUUGGUCAUGAGUGCUAUGAAAGCGAAAAUCAAAUUUCUUGCUCCCUUCUCAACCAGUCCACAGCCACCUCAGCAUUAUACAUGGCCUUGCCUAGCAUGACCAUCUGUUUUGAUAAUUGUGGGAAUUGGUGAAAGUGAAAAUAAAGUUGGGAAUUGCUGAGGUUUACACCUCUUGAUGAAAGUCUGGCAGUAGAUUCCCUCACUUCUAGUAGGCCCUCUUGCUAGCUAAUUGGAUGUACUGUAUCAAUGGGGACCUAUCUACCAUUGUAAACAAUAACAGUGUGUGCUAAUGUUAUGCAACUAUUUAUAGAUGGUGUUAUGUCUAUCAUAUCUGUGUAAAUGAAACCAUAGAAAAAGAGGUGUGAAUGAAUACACACCUCUUUGCAAGUCAGAGCUGAGUACCUGUAUAAGAGCAGCUGUAAAGGAGUACCUGGGAGAAAGAAAGCAGUCACUUUUGAAGCUGAACUGAGGACUGAUAUGGAUCUCAUUACCUUAAUGCUGGAGAUGCGAGGAGAUGUUUACCCUGUCUCAAGUUUGGCGAAUCCCUCAUCUCCAGCGCCACUUCAAACGGCAAAUCUGAGGUAGAGUGAAACCUAAAGCUGCCCAAUGUGGCAAACUAAUGUUUUGAUUAGCCGUCUGUGGCGCUGUCUGAUGUCCUAACGAUCCAACAUGGGGAGAGACAGGCCGUCAAAGCACCAUGGCUGUGUGUUGCUGCAGUGGCAUGGGAGGAGAAGUAUACAGACUGGUGGUUUGGAGGGGGAGCUGUGGAUUGGCUGAUCAACUGCUUCCCUGCCCAAGUCCCAUUAAACGCAGUUAUAUCACAUUUAAGAAAGACAUUUCAAAGCCCUUUAUCCACACUUAUUGAUUGACUUGUUCCCGGGCUGCCAAGUCUUCACCUUGUCUUGAUGAGUCUGCUUCUCUUCUCUGCCCCUGUGUGUGUGUGUGUGUGUGUGUGUGUGUGUGUGUGUGUGUGUGUGCAGCAGGAUCCAGCCAAUCAGAGAGGGACCAGACAGACUCCCCGAACCCCUCCAAGAGGCCCUCCUCACGGUCAGGGGCCACAGAGAGCCCCCUCUCCUCCAAGCGUCCCAGGACGGCUGAGAAGAGUGCUGCUGCAGAGCAGGUAACAGCCCACUCCUUCUGCUCUAUCUUCAACACACAGCCUGCUGCCACUUCCAGAAGGAUGGUCAUAUUAAGACAUACAGACUCACUGUUCCCAAACUCUUUGAACUUGCCAAUCAACUCAAGGUUAUCCCAUCCCCAAUUACCAUGCCCUCAUUAUAAGCACUAAAACUUACACAUUAAUUUAGAAAAGGAAUGUAAAGACUAGCUACUUCUAAGCAUUUUUCUUAAAGACAUUUGAAAAAAGCCGUGCCGUUUUGCAUUAUGCAUGAUUUUUUUGAAAUCUCCUUAAAAUUUGUUUUGCUUUCCUGCUGCAGUUGCAUUGCUAAUUGUGCAAAAGGUGGAAAAUCAAUAUAGUAUUUGACAGAUGAGAGAGCUUUGAAGUGUGUGUGCCAGGACUCACUGUUGCUCUCCAUAUUGCCCACUGGUCCAUGAUCAGAGGGACCUGCCUGGUAGAGACACGGGGGGGGGGGCAACACUCCUCCAUUCAUCCUCCCAUUCCAACUCCUCUCUCUCACAAAGUAGGCCUACAACUCUCCAUCUCACCCCAUUAACCUCCCUGUGCUCCUCUCUCCCCCCUCUCCUCCUCUCUCCCCCCUCUCCUCUCUCCCUCAUCUCCUCCAGAUGUACCAAUGUCCCUACUGCAAGUUCAGCAACACAGACCUGAACCGCCUGAGAAUGCACGUGAUGACGCAGCACUCUGUCCAGCCCAUGUUCCGCUGCCCGCUCUGCCAGGACAUGCUGAACAACAAGAUCCAUCUGCAGUUCCACCUCACACACCUCCACAGCGUGGCGCCCGACUGCGUCGAAAAGCUCAUCGCCACGGUACGUGUGUGUGUUCAUCUGUGUGUUAGAGUGUUCGUGUGCGUCUGUGUGGACUGUGGAUACAGUAUGUGUAUACUGUACAUUGGUCCUUAGGCACUGUAUUCUUUAGAAAUAUUUAACCAUGGCCCCUGCAAUGCUGUUACAUACCAAUAGUCAGCUCAAUUAUAUACAGGGAAUGCACAUUCCCUAAAGCUAAAUUAAACCAUCCUAAAAUAUCAAUGCCAAGCCUCCUGCACACAUCCAUCUCAGUAAAAUAGGGUGAACACAACUGUUGUUGUAAUAAUAAUUGAUUGCAUUUAUAUAACGCCUUUCCACCUACAGUAGGUGCUCAAAGAGCUUUACAUAGUAGGGGGGAAACUCACCUCUUCCACCACCAAUGUGUAGCACCCACUUGGGUGAUGCACUGCAACCAUUUUAUGCCAGGAGGCUCACCACACAUCAGCUAUUGUACAAAUAUGCUGUUUUAUAAGAUAAACAACUGUAAAUGGUUUCUGAGAUGUUCAAGGUAGUUCAGUCCGUAAUCAUCUCGCUGGGUUUUCAUACCCUUUCUUCUGGUCCAUUGUGGUCAUUCUGUUUGUGAAGCUACAGGCAGGUGCCUGCCUCUGGGAUUUGUGCAUUGAUUACUGUUAUCCUCUUAAUCCAUGGACACUGGAUUGCAUGGGUACUUCAUGACAUCUUUUUUUAAAGGGCCUUUUUAAACACACUGAAUACAUUGAGAGGAAAGCACAACACAGGAGCAAAUGUCAUGGCUCUGCCACCUAGCCUGAAUACCCAGCCCAUACUGUACUCAUUUUUACAUUUACAUUUUAGUCAUUUAGCAGACGCUCUUAUCCAGAGCGACUUACAGUUAGUGAACACAUAUAUAUAUAUAUAUAUAUAUUUUUUUAUACUGGCCCCCCAUGGGAAUCGAACCCACAACCCUGGCGUUGCAAACGCCAUGCUCUAUCAACUGAGCUACAUCCCUGCCGGCCAUUCCCUCCCCUACCGUGGACGACGCUGGGCCAAUUGUGCGCCGCCCAUGAGUCUCCCGGUCGCGGCCGGCUGCGACAGAGCCUGGAUUCGAACCAGGAUCUCUAGUGGCACAGUUAGCACUGCGAUGCAGUGCCUUAGACUACUGCGCCACUCAGAUGUACUCUAUACAUCCUUUACCACAUUUAUAAUAACCAUUGUGUCUGUUUAGUAAUUUAUUUUCUCUGUGAGAAGUGAUGAAGAGGCCAUGGGAAGAAGCAAGGCCUUUUUGUUGCUCUGCGUGUGUGAGCUUAGCGCAUGUAGCGUAUGUCUGUACACAAAGGGCAAUGCAGGCAGGCUGGCUGGGUCCCAUCAGGUCAAGGACUAACGGAGGCCUUAGCUGUGUCUCUUCUCUGUAGCCCAGAGAUGACUCACUCACUGUUACUCACCCUGCCUGCAUGCCUGGCUGGCUGUUUGUAAUGGAGCACGUCAUUCCAGUCUUCUCUCUUCCAAAUUGAUGACAUUUGAAGCUUUAUCAAAUACAAAGGAAACUGUUAAUUGUGAAAUGGCUCCAAGGCAUCCCAUUGACUCACUGCCAGUCAGAUAUUAUGGGGGUUAGGUUCAGAUGCUUUAGCCAUAUUCUAAUGUGGCGUUGUCUAAUGUGCCUAUGGUCAAUGAGCCCUUUUUUCGGUCUCAUUGUUAUCGUAGUCAAUUGAGAUAGUGAGGGGGGAGAGAGACAGAUAAGUCUGUUGUUUGCUUGAUGAGCAGCUCUCUUACCUCCCAGUCCAUUUAUUCUCAGGAGCACAUUGAUAUUCACUCAGUGUCUGUGAUCACCUCAGUGCUAUUCAAAACAAAGGCUUUUAUUAAUAAUAUAUUCAAGUUAUUGUGACACAGAUGAAUUGAAAUUUAAUGAAUACUUGUUUUCCUCUUUAAUGAAAUGCAAGUUCAGGCAAUGGAAAGAUUAUUAUUCACUAUUUCUUUAAUCUAGCUUGCCAACCUCAAAUCUCACGUGAAUAAUGAAUUCACCAAUUUCACAGAGAGACAAUAGGGACUGUGUGUCUGUACAAUCACCCCUAACGUUUCCCAUAGAUAUAUCACUAUCUAGGAACUAUCUGUACAAAAAACGUAAAGCCUAAAGCAUUAAUAUACAUUCUGAAGGUAGAUAUAGACUCACACAAAUGUAAUAUCAGUAUUUACAAAUUGGACUCUGUCUACCUCUGCUACAUUACCCCAGUGAAAGAACUCAGUUCAUUUUGUUUUAAUCAUCAUCAAAGGGAAAUAUGGUUUUAUUUGCCCUCCUUUGAUUUCCUGUAAAUGACUGUGCAAAUGUUGACAUUUGUUCUUGCCUGAGGAACUGAAUUGCUCGCUGGACAAUCAUUCAGGAGAAUGGUGCUCUGCCUAGCUGCCUAGCCAUCUUUCUAGCCCGGCUAGAAAGCAAAUGGCGAACACAUUAGUAUGGAAGGCAGCAGUAUUUUUCUUUUAUAGAGAUAAUAAUGCACUGAGCCCCUACAAGAGGCACAGGAGAGAACCAUAGGUAAUAUAAUGCACAUUAAAACACCUUUUUUUUUUUUUACUGGUGGACAUAGAUGAAAAGGUACUCUAUCCUUUUCACAUGUGUAGCAGACGAGCCUAAUGAAUUCUGAAAUAGGAUACUUUUAUUUCAUGCCGACCAUGCAUAAAGAUGCACACACUCUCUCAGCCUUCAUUUUUAUCCACCAUGUGCUCUCUCUCUCUCUCUCUCUCCCUCUCUCUCUCUCUCUCUCUCUCUCUCUCUCUCCCUCUCUCUCUCUCUCUCUCUCUCUCGCUUUCUCCUGCAGCCCCAUCCUUCCAUUACCCCUCCCUUUCUCUCUCCUCUCUCACUCCCUCGCUUCCUCUCUCUUUCCCUCUCUCUCCUCCCCUCCCUUUCUCAUUGUAUGUCUCAUUUUCUGUCUGUCUAAGAUAGGGGUAAUGAAAAUAAUUGUGCUUCAUUAAUUCUGAGUCUGGCUAGAUGAUAGCCAUUUUGAACUAUGUUUGCCAAUUAGGCGGUCCAAAUGAAAAGUGACCUUGGGAUACUCUGUGCUCUUGCCUCUCGUCGUCUAAUGAAGCAGUUGUCUAGAAACAGUCCACUUUGUAAUGUAAAUCACUGCUGUGUUUUGUAUUUGUGGUAUUCUCCAUGCUGGUUGCAUUAAUUUGCCACUCUCUGUUUGGAGGAGAGAGAGAAAACAGAAAGGAAGGAAAAUGUCUGGAUAUUUUCCAGUGAAUUUCUGUUGAGACUAAUCACACAGUGAUGGACUACAGAACGUUUACUGUUCCACUUAACCCUGGAGCCCUAUGCAAACCUGCUGUUGCUUGAGGAGGGCUCUGCCUUGUGUAGGACUGGAGUGGGUCUGUUUGGAGCUGGGUGCCAUGCUUUGUUUACAGACAUGUCCUCAUUGUCACUAUUUGCAGGACACACUGCCAGUUGCAGACUGGGGUGGGUUGGGGUACUGUGAAUUGAAAUGCGGCUUGGGGAGUGAGGCUGAUUAUUCUGUUUGGGGAGUUAAUUGAAGGAAGGUGAAGCAGACAGUGCCUCAUCUCCCGGCCUCUUCCAAUCUCAAUCACUGAUUAUUGUUAAAUAGGAGCUGCUUAAUGAGUGCAUUUGAUGGAUUGUUGUAUUUCUUUAAGGGGAAAGAGGGGCUAUGAGGGGGAGACAUGGGAGAGGAGGAGGGGUGGGGGGAGAUAAUAUGGAGGGAGGUGGCUGUCAUUCACCCAUGAUUGACUUCAACCUUUUGAGAGCAAAGAAAACCUGGCCGCUUCUCUGCAGUUUUUUAAUCAAUAUUCAUUGCUCCUUGAAAUGUUCUAAUUAAAAUGGUAGAAACAAUUUAAACAAUUGUAUAGUGGAAAAAUACAUAGCAUGGCUCCUGAAACGUCCAUUUUUUUGCGUAUUUGUUCAGAAAUCGUUGUUCAAAUCAAAUGAAAUCAAAUUGUAUUUGUCACAUGCGCCAAAUACAACAGGUGUAGACCUUACAGUGAAAUGCUUACUUACAAGCCCUUAACCAACAAUGCAGUUUUAAGAAAGAAUACCUAAAAAAAAUAAGAAAUAAAAGUAACAAAUAAUUAAAGAGCAGCAGUAAAAUAACAAUAGCGAGGCUUUAUACAGGGGGUACCAGUACCGAGUCAAUGUGCGGGGGCACCGGUUAGUCGAGGUAAUUGAGGUAAUAUGAGUUAUUAAAGUGACUAUGCAUAGAUAAUAAACAGAGAGUAGAAGCAGCGUAAAAGAGGGGGUAGGGCAAUGUCUUUGACCAUUUUUAGGGCCUUCCUCUGACACCGCCUGGUAUAGAGGUCCUGGAUGGCAGGAAGCUUGGCCCCAGUAAUGUACUGGGCCGUACGCACUACCCUCUGUAGUGCCUUGCGGUCGGAGGCCGAGCAGGCAGGCAGUGAUGCAACCAGUCAGGAUGCUCUCGAUGGUGCAGCUGUAGAACCUUUUGAGGAUCUGAGGACCCAUGCCAAAUCUUUUCAGUCUCCUUAGUGGGAAUAGGUUUUGUCGUGCCCUCUUCACGACUGUCUUGGUGUGCUUGGACCAUGUUAGUUUGUUGGUGAUGUGGACACCAAGGAACUUGAAGCUCUCAACCUUCUCCACUACAACCCCGUCGAUGAGAAUGGGGGCGUGCUCGGCCCUCUUCUUUUUCCUGUAGUCCACAAUCUUCUCCUUUGUCUUGAUCACGUUGAGGGAGAGGUUGUUGUCCUGGCACCACACGGCCAGGUUUCUGACCUCCUCCCUAUAGGCUGUCUCGUCGUUGAUCAGGCCUACCACUGUUGUGUCAUCGGCAAACUUAAUGAUGAUGUUGGAGUCGUGCCUGGCCAUGCAGUCAUGAGUGAACAGGGAGUACAGGAGGGCACUGAGCACGCACCCCUGUGGGGCCCCUGUGUUGAGGAUCAGCAUGGUGGAUGUGUUGUUACCUACCCUUACCACCUGGGGGCGGCCCGUCAGGAAGUCCAGGAUCCAGUUGCAGAGGGAGGUGUUUAGUCCCAGUUGUUGAACCUGUUCAUGUUUGGAUUUAUCCAUAGUAGCUCUACAUUUACAUUUAAGUAAUUUAGCUGACGCUCUUAUCCAGAGCGACUUACAGUUAGUGAAUACAUAUAUAUAUAUAUAUAUAUUUUUUUUAUACUGGCCCCCCGUGGGAAUCGAACCCACAACCCUGGCGUUGCAAACGCCAUGCUCUAUCAACUGAGCUACAUCCCUGCCGGCCAUUCCCUCCCCUACCCUGGACGACGCUGGGCCAAUUGUGCGCCGCCCAUGAGUCUCCCGGUCGCGGCCGGCUGCGACAGAGCCUGGACUCGAACCAGGUUUUCCAUACGUAGAUCUCAAUUUUGUAUUCUUACUGCACCUGAAAUAGCUUUAACGUAACUGACGUUAAACCACUAUAUUGUGACUUAUGCGGGAUUGGAAGGCACAGACUAUUUCCCCAAAUUGAAAUGCUUAUAUUACCCAGAAUGCCUCUUGUCUAUGACAGCAUUGCUCCGCUCUGGUCCUUAUCAUUGGAAUGGGAUGUGCUUUUUUCAUGGAAUAAUUAUUUAAUUAGGUGGCCUAAUAAGCUUUUCAGUUGGCCAAGGUAGGUCUUUCAGCCCAUCUCACUAAUUGGCUGCAGCAGAACUUUCCAGGCGCAUGACAAAACACCAGUAGUGAUCAAAGUGCAAAUUCCAGGGAAAAAGUAAAAAGUAAUAUGAUUAUUUGUGCAUGUGUGUGUGUGUGCAUGUGAGAGAGAAACCUCGUGCAAGGGUUUCCGAGAUUUUUAAAAAUGUGUAUCAAUUCCAUUAGGAAAAUAUGUGUACAAUUUUAAAUGGAAAGAAUAUAUAAUAACAUUAUCUUUUUGUGAGCUUACAGAAACUCAGUUGUUAAUUACAGAAACACAGUAAUUAACAUGGGAUGUGUCUUGUGUUUGAUUUUCCAGGUGACAGCAUCAGAGGUUCUGCCAGAAAGCAUGUUCAUACCAGUACCAGGCCCAGACAGAGAGGCACAAAGCAGCACCCCACAGGCCACGGCUAACUCCAGCUCUGAAGAUAUCAAGAAACAAGCCGGUCAGUAUAGCACCAUGUAUUUACCACUGCUUAUGUGAAGGAUAGCGAUGGCACUGUUCUCAUUACACAGUCUCCCUUUGGAAAAUGUAAUGAAAAUGCAGGUGAUCAUGCCAAGGCCAUCAUUGACAACAAAGGAAAAAUUUAUGAUUCCUGCAUCUGCAGGAGUCUGAAUUAGUUAUUACUUCUGUGUGUUGCAACCUCCCCCCUCCCUUGGGAUUCUGAAAUGAUACAUGCGUCAAUGACUCCUAAGUAAAGAUAAGAUGUCCUCUGUUGAAAUUAAAUGUUCUUGCACAAAGACUCUGCUUAUGUGGGAGCCUCUUUAAUUCAUUUUUUCUUUCUCUUUAUUUAUUGACAGAACCAUCAGAUGCUGAGUCUGAGAAAGGGGUCUCACUGCCUAUAGAAAUAGCUGAAGCUCGCAAGUCACCUCUGGAGGAUCAGCAGUCUGGAAGGGAAGACACAGGAUUCCUGUGUUGGAAGAAAGGCUGUAACCAGGUCUUCAAGUCCUCCAACUCCCUCCAGGUGCACUUCAACGAGGUUCACAACAAAAGGCCUCAACUGCCUGUCUCAGACCGGCAUGUCUACAAGUACCGCUGCAACCAGUGCAGCCUGGCCUUCAAGACGGUGGAGAAACUGCAGCUGCACUCACAGUACCACGUCAUCAGAGCAGCCACGAUGUGCUGCCUCUGUCAACGCAGCUUCAGGACCCUGCAGGCCUUGAAGAAACAUUUGGAGACCAGCCACCUAGAGUUGAGCGAGGCUGACAUCCAACAGCUCUACGGAGGCUUACUGAUGAACGGAGACCUUAUGGUCAUGGGAGAUCCAUCACUUGGAGAGGACCACGGAGGACUGGGAGAAGAUGACAAAGAGGGAGAGGACAGUGACCAAGAGGAGAAGCAAAGCCCAACAGGCAGCGACUCUGGCUCAUUGCUAGAAGAUUUUGGAUCAGAGCCCAAGCGUGCCCUGCCAUUCAGGAAAGGUCCUAACUUUACCAUGGAGAAGUUCCUGGACCCAUCUCGUCCUUUCAAGUGCACGGUGUGCAAAGAGUCAUUCACACAGAAGAACAUCCUUCUGGUUCACUAUAACUCUGUCUCACACCUGCACAAGGUCAAGCGGGCCCUACAGGAGUCCACUACUGGUCAACCAGAGCCCACCAGCAGCCCUGACAAUAAACCAUUCAAGUGCAGCACUUGCAACGUGGCUUACAGCCAGAGCUCUACUCUAGAGAUCCACAUGCGCUCUGUCCUCCACCAGACCAAGGCCCGCGCAGCCAAGCUUGAAGCAGCAGGAGGAAACACCAGCUCCAGCAGUGGCUCUGGAUUAAGUGGCGGUGGAUCCACCAUCAGCACUUCAACUCCAAGCCCGAGCCCAGCUACUAACUCAACAACCAGCUCCAGCAACCACAGCUCUUCUGGGGCUCAGACUACACAGAGUAUUCUUGGAGGCAACCACAUGAGCCAGUCUCACAGCAUUGAAAGCCUUGGGAACUCCUCGAUGACUUGUCAUCCGUCACCGUCUGAAAACCAUGAAUCGAAAAAGAAGAAAUUUGCAGACAUGCUCUCUGCAAGGGGACAGCAGCAGCAGCAGCAGCAGCAGCAGCUUCAGCAGCAACAGCAACAGCAGUUGGCUCAGGCCCAAGCCCAAGCCCAGGCCCAGCUCCAACAAGAGCUCCAGCAGCAAGCUGCCCUCAUCCAGUCCCAGCUCUUCAACCCAGCACUUCUGCAGCACUUCCCCAUGACAACUGAUGCUCUUCACUCACUGCAGCAACAGCAGCUGCUCUUCCCUUUCUACAUCCCUGGAGCAGAAUUCCAACUGAACCCAGAGAUGAACCUCAACAGUUCUGCACUUGGCCUGUCAAGCUCCUCUGCCAACUCACUGUUGGAGGACCUGAAGAACUCUGCCCAGCAGGCUCAGGCUCAGAGCUGCCUGCAACAGCAGCUGAUGCACCACCACCUUCAGCAGCAGCACCAACAACAGCAGGCCCAAGCCCAUUCUCAGGCCCAGGGCCAGAUGGCUUUGCUUCAGCAGAGUGCCAAUCUCCUUCACCAGGCUGAGAAAAAGCAGAAGGCUGCUGCCGCCCACAAUGAGAAGCAAGAGAGAGAAAGGGAAAUACAAAGAGAAAAAGACCUAAGAGAGAAAAUUGAGGAACAUGUCACAAAAGACAGCUCUGACAACAAGUCAAACGAAAAGAAGGAUAUGCAACAGACUGCAAUGAACUCCAACCACGAUCCUGGCUUUCCUCCACCAAGGAUUGCUUCAGAUGCUCGUGGAAAUGCCACUAAAGCCCUUCUGGAGAACUUUGGGUUUGAGCUAGUGAUUCAAUACAAUGAAAACAAGCAGAAAGCUCAGAAGAAGCCAGCUGGGCCGGGACCAGCUGGAACAAGCACGCCUGGUGGGAUCAUAAGAGUGGUGGACCCCAUCGAGGGAUUGGAGAAGCUGGAAUGUGAGGCCUGUGGAAAGCUAUUUUCAAACAUACUGAUUCUGAAGAGUCAUCAGGAGCACAUCCAUCAGGCCUUCUUCCCAUUCCGCUCCCUGGAGAGAUUUGCCAAGGAAUACAGAGAGCAAUAUGACAAACUGUAUCCACUCAGACCCCAGACACCAGAGGCUGCUCCCCCUGCUCCUCCACCUCCUCCUCCUCCUCCUCCUCCACCUCCACCCCCUCCGCAGAGAGCCCCAACACCAAAUAUUCCUGUCUCUGCUCCCUCCAUCACACCCCCAACUGUGUCGACCCCACAGCCUCCAGUUCAAAUGGCUCAAAUUCCCAUGCCAAUGGAUAUGCCCCUCUUCUCACCACUCAUGAUGCAGUCAAUGUCUCUACAGUCCAUGCCCUCUCAAAUGCAAUCCCAGAUGUCAUCUGUGGAGUCACAGUCACUGGCUAACGAUCUGGCCCAGCUUUACCAACAGCAGCUCACACCAGCCAUGCUACAGCAGCAGCAGAAUAAGAGGCCCCGGACACGUAUCACUGAUGACCAGCUUAGGGUCCUUCGGCAGUACUUUGACAUCAACAACUCCCCCAAUGAGGAGCAGAUUAAAGAGAUGGCAGAUAAGUCAGGGCUGCCCCAGAAAGUAAUCAAACACUGGUUCCGCAACACCCUCUUCAAAGAGCGCCAGCGCAACAAAGACUCACCCUACAACUUCAACAACCCACCCAUUACCACUCUGGAGGAUACCAAAAUUGACUCUAAACCCCCUUCCCCUGAGCCUCAAAGACAGGAGUGUUAUGGGAGUAAGAGAUCCUCAAGAACAAGGUUUACAGACUACCAAUUGAGGGUGCUUCAGGACUUCUUUGAUGCUAACGCCUACCCCAAAGAUGAUGAAUUUGAACAGCUCUCCAACCUCCUGAGCCUCCCCACCCGUGUCAUUGUGGUGUGGUUCCAAAAUGCUCGUCAGAAGGCACGCAAGAAUUACGAAAACCAGGGGGAUGGAAGCAAAGACGGUGAGCGAAGAGAGCUGUCCAAUGACCGUUACAUUCGCACCACCAACCUGAACUACCAGUGCAAGAAAUGCAGUCUGGUUUUCCAGCGUAUAUUUGACCUCAUAAAGCACCAAAAGAAGCUGUGUUACAAAGAUGAAGAUGAUGAUGGGCAAUACGACAGCCAAAACGAGGACUCUAUGGAUCUUUCGCAUGAAUACUACACCCCCUCUGGUUCCUCUUGUCUCACCCCUAUGCCUUCCUCCUCAAGCCUCUGCCCUCUCCCUCCCUCCACCUCAGCUUUCUCCCACCUAUCAUCCUCUGAGAAGGAAGAAGCCUCACCAGCUAACACAUCAAACUCUUAUGAUGAGAAGCCCAAACAUUCGGCUGAAAUGUCCUCAGAUCCACGUGAGCACCAGACCACCAUCAAACAGGAGACUGUGCAUCAGCCACAAUCUGAGACUCAACAUCAGAGAAGAGAAGCACGAGAGGAGAAGCCACAAACAGCCCCAAAGACAAACAAGCAUUCUUCUCCUUCCCUCUCGCAGCAGCAACGUGAGUGUGGUCCCUCAGCCUCUCAGACAAUCCAGGCUGAGAGAACUUCUCAGAGCUCCCACAUGGGCCUCAACCCUCACAUGAGCUCUGCAUCACAACAACAGCUGGCACAGCAAAUUAUCCAAUACCAGUGUGAGCAGUGCAAGCUUGGCUUCCCAUCCUUUGAGCACUGGCAGGAGCACCAGCAACUCCAUUUCCUCUCUGUGCAAAACCAAUUCAUCCACCCUCAGUUCUUGGACCGGCCCAAUGGACAUGCCCUUCAUGUUGUUUGA